GAGGGCAAACAAAGCUCGGGUCGUUCCGGGGCAAAGCUAUCAGCCACAUCGCCCUCCCCUUAAAAAAAAACCUCCCUCGCCUCGGGGGCGGAGCUUUCGAAGCUCGCCCACUACCUCCAACCCUCGCAACCAUCUCCGCCGCCCACUGUUCCCACCGCCGCCGCCUCUAUAUCUCCCCCAUCGCAUGCCCUGCUCGCUGUCACUGCCCCCUCCUCCCCCUCCCGUCCACAAGUGACCCCCUUCAGCUGCCGCAUCUCUCCCUCGCGCCGUCGCCGCCGCCGCCGCCACGAGAUCUCCGGCUGCCCGCGCCAUGGUCGCCGCCUCCGGCAUCGCGCCGCCGCGGGCGGCUGCUCCCUGCCCGCGCACGCGCGGUGGCUUCCGGUCCGGAUUCCUCCGACUCGCGCCGCCGUUGCCGCCGCCGCAGCUCCGGUGCUGCGCCUCAACUGUCGACGAUGGCGUCGUAUCCGCAGCGGCCUCCAAGCCCCGCCUCCUCAGAGUGGUUGGUAUGGGUUCAAAGCUCGUUGGAUGUGGAUCGGCCACCCCAACACUUAGCAUUUCAAAUGAUGACCUUUCAAAAAUAGUUGAAACGUCUGAUGAAUGGAUCGCAGCGCGAACUGGGAUUCGGAAUAGGAGAGUUCUUUCAGGAGAUGAAACAUUGCGGGGGCUCUCAAUACAGGCAGCACAAAGGGCUCUUGAGAUGGCUCAAGUAAAAGCUGAUGAUGUUGACCUUGUUCUCCUUUGUACAUCUACUCCAGAUGAUCUGUUUGGAGGUGCUGCUCAGGUGCUAACCGAAGUGGGGUGCACAAAUGCAUUUGGAUUUGAUAUUACAGCUGCUUGCAGUGGGUUCAUAGUUGGCUUAAUCACAGCUACUCGUUUUAUCAAAGGUGGAGGUCUUCGGAAUGUCCUGGUAGUUGGUGCAGAUGCUCUUUCGAAAUUCGUGGAUUGGACAGACCGGGGUACAUGCAUCCUUUUUGGUGAUGCUGCUGGUGCUGUGUUGGUUCAGGCUUGCAGUGCAGAUGAAGAUGGCUUGCUAGGUUUUUGCGUUCAAAGUGAUGGCAACGGACAAAAGUACCUAAAUGCUGCAACAUUAAACGAUGAGUCAAUCUUGGCCAAUACCAACGGGGGUCCUGGAUUCCCACCAAAAAAGGCAACCUACUCUUGCAUUCAAAUGAAUGGAAAGGAAGUUUUCCGCUUUGCUGUGCGCUGCGUGCCACAGUCCAUUGAGAAGGCACUAGAAGAAGCUGGUUUACCUGCCUCCAGUAUCGAUUGGCUAUUGCUGCAUCAAGCUAAUCAGCGGAUUAUUGAUGCUGCUGCCAGUCGGUUAGAUAUUCCAUCUGAUAAAGUUAUUUCAAACCUUGCUAAUUACGGCAACACAAGUGCCGCAUCCAUUCCGUUAGCAUUGGAUGAGGCUGUUCGCAGCGGCAAGGUGAAGACAGGUGAUAUUAUCGCGGCAUCAGGUUUUGGAGCCGGACUUACAUGGGGUUCAGCUAUUGUCAAAUGGGGCUAAUCAUUCCACGAGAACCAUGGCAGCACAUCAGAAAGAUGGCUUUUCAAAGACUCUGCAUGGCCUUGGGGUCCUAUAUUUAAUGGUUCAUUUACCCAUUUCUUUGUGCAACAUUUUUCUUUUGCAUCUGUCAUCUUUCUUGCACAUGAAAAAUCAGUGGCACUUUGCCUUUCAUCUAUUCCUUUGGCUCAUUACACAGCUCAGUUUUCCACGUGGUUAGCAGAAAGUUUGUAAUGUAGUUAUAAUCAGUGGUUUGAGUGGUGAAUGGAAAUGUUUGCGUCGAGAUUACAAUGGUGUCAUUAAAGAGAUUACAUUGUAAAGUUAAUGGGCCUUCUUAACAAGAUUUUGUCUGAAA